GGGAGGGCCGCGGAGACCCCGGCCUCAGCUGGCCCCGGCGCGCUGCCCGCGGGCCCGCCCAGCGCUUCCAGGAGCGCCGGCCCACCAUGCUCCUGCUGUCCCCACGCGGCGCACUGCUCUCCGUGUACUGCCCGCAGAUCUUUCUCAUCCUGUCCAGCGGCAGCUACCUGUCCUGCAGGUGUCGGAUGAAUUACACAGCACCCUCAGGGGACCACUCGGAGGACACGGCCUUGCCGCAGAGCACCCCACCCCGCGCGGCACACAACAGGGGCCCAGUUCCCAUCAGCUCCUGGUCCCUCCUAGCGCUGUCGUCCGUCGUGGCCCUGGGAGCCAACAUCAUCUGCAACAAGAUUCCUGGCUUGGCCCCGCGGCAGCGCGCCAUCUGCCAGAGCCGGCCCGAUGCCAUCAUCGUGAUCGGGGAGGGGGCGCAGAUGGGCAUCAACGAAUGCCAGUACCAGUUCCGCUUCGGCCGCUGGAACUGCUCCGCCCUGGGCGAGAAGACGGUCUUCGGGCAAGAGCUCCGAGUAGGGAGCCGCGAAGCCGCCUUCACCUACGCCAUCACCGCGGCUGGCGUGGCCCACGCGGUCACGGCCGCCUGCAGCCAGGGGAACCUGAGCAACUGCGGGUGCGACCGGGAGAAGCAGGGCUACUACAACCGGGCGGAGGGCUGGAAGUGGGGCGGCUGCUCCGCCGACGUGCGCUACGGCAUCGACUUCUCCCGGCGCUUCGUGGACGCGCGUGAGAUCAAGAAGAACGCGCGCCGCCUCAUGAACCUGCACAACAAUGAGGCCGGCAGGAAGGUCCUGGAGGAGCGCAUGAAGCUGGAGUGCAAGUGCCACGGCGUGUCGGGCUCGUGCACCACCAAGACGUGCUGGACCACGCUGCCCAAGUUCCGCGAGGUGGGCCACCUGCUCAAGGAGAAGUACAACGCCGCGGUGCAGGUGGAGGUGGUGCGGGCCAGCCGCCUGCGGCAGCCCACCUUCCUGCGUAUCAAGCAGCUGCGCAGCUACCAGAAGCCCAUGGAGACGGACCUGGUGUACAUCGAGAAGUCGCCCAACUACUGCGAGGAGGACGCGGCCACGGGCAGCGUGGGCACUCAGGGCCGCCUGUGCAACCGCACGUCGCCGGGCGCGGACGGCUGCGACACCAUGUGCUGCGGCCGCGGCUACAACACCCACCAGUACACCAAGGUGUGGCAGUGCAACUGCAAGUUCCACUGGUGCUGCUUCGUCAAGUGCAACACCUGCAGCGAGCGCACCGAGGUCUUCACCUGCAAGUGAGCGCGCCGCGCGCCUGGCCCGCCUGCCCUGCUGGCUGCUGGGGGCGGGGGAGCUCAGGGCGCCGGAGGGCUGCUCCCACCGGCGCCCCCUCGCUGCCCUCAGGAGCUCCUUCCCGCCAUUCUCGUCACUUCCCGUGGCAGAGCACUGCUGAGAGGGCAAGGCCAGUGGCACCAGUGUCCCUGACGGGGCCCAGCGAAUUCCUGUUCUUUUCUCCGGGAAAGUGAACCCCAAGGACACUCACGUCCUGGAAAGCAAAGUGAGGACUAGACUCUGAGUGCCCCCUCCCCCACCUGGAGGCACGGACGUGGAUGUACCAUGCAGGCUGACCCCACGCGGGACUUCUUCCCUGGCCGCAUCAGCCACUGGGCUCCCACCCCCCUGGGGGGUCUGGCCAGAUGCUGACAUAUUUUAUUUAUGUUUUCUUAGAAAAGGAUUCUUAGCACUAAGGCAUAGCCAGUCCUAACUGUACUCCGUGUUAGCCGUUCCCUUGUUGCCCUCUGCCCCCUCCCCUGGCCUCUCUAGACCUUGGGGAGCAUCUCUGCACAGCUCCUUCCUGGCCCUGCCCCGAGGGGGCCCCUGAGGAGAGCCACGGGCAGGGAUCCUUCUUUUAAAAAAAUCAAAUCAAAAUGUCACCUAUGUCAGGUUCCAGGAGUGCUGUGUUCCCUCCCUAAUGCUGUCACCCUCCCAGUCCCCCUCCAGCCUGGCGCCCAGUUUUCAGAGCCCACCCCCACCCUGGAGCCAGGUGACAUCCAGGACAGCACUGUGCGGGCUGUGGGCUGGUGGGUGGGAGGGGGGGUUUCAGGGACCUUUGCCUUCUUUGGCAGAUGUAGACACUGAGGCCCAGAAUCCCUCAAGAAUUAGCCAGAGGUCCCGAGGCUCCUGCCUGGGCUCGGGCAUCCUGACCCCCCAGGCCAGGGUUCCUGACCCUGGAAGACGUGCUCUGGAGACAUCCAUGUUGGCAUGCGGCUUUCCCCAUGUCUUGAGAAACCUGGCUGUGCCCCGCGUCCCCUGCUGCCAGCCGCGCUGGGGCCUGCCCCCUCAGAGGUGCCUGCUGGGAUUUCUCUAGUGGCCCCGUGCCCGGUCCUACUCCUCUGGCCCUAAUCCCAGUGCUGAGAAAACUUGCAUCCACGAUGUCACUCAGCCAGGGCUCCGCCUGCUGCCCCCGCAGGUGUCUGCCCUCCAGACACCUCCCCCAGGGUCCCUGCAUGCACACCCCUCUCUUAAAGUUCAACGCGCCCUGAAACCUGGGAGAGGAGAACGGGAAGGGACCCGCUCAGUUCUAAAUCAGGAGCAGGGUGGGGAGGGGCCCAAAGCCUGGGACUUGGGGCUGACGCAUCCUCUGCGAACAUUGCCACCCUCCCUGGGGGAGUCCGAGGCACAGCGGCGGUGGCGGCCGGCAAGGUGGUGUACAGCUGGGACCCGGUGUGCCCACCACUGCUCCGUGCCCCCCCAACCCAAGUGUAGGGUGUUUACUUGUAGAAACCUGUGGAAAUGUGUCCUCAGGCAGCUGGCCAGACAAGGGGGCUAGACAUUAGUGGGGGCUGAGUGACACUGUCUGGGCCCUGGCGCUGGCACCUACGCCAUGUGCCCCUGAUGAUGCCAGGACACUCCGUCAGCUGCUGUUCCAGGCACUUCUAGGCUGCCAGGAAUGCCCCCCCACCUGUGCACCCCCCCCACCUCCCCGGGUCCCAGGACACUGCUGAGUCCGUGGGCCCCGCACCCUCCCUCUGCCAUGGAACCUUCUUUCUGGUUAACUUAUAUUGUUAUAUAGCGUUAAAAUGUCUAUCAUGUCUUUUAAAUUAUUGUGACCUACACUGGGUACUGGAGGGAAGGGACAGCCUCAUGUGGUUCCCUGAGCCAGGCUCCUCCUCCUGCUUGAAACAGACUCUUGGGGCCUCCCGAUGCCAUCGAGUCACGCGCACUGUCUAGGCACCCCCGCCGAGACCCUGCCCUCCUCGACUGUCUGCCAGCAGCAGCCCUUCCCUUGGGCGAAUGGGGAUCAGUGUGGCCUUCCUGGGGCGGUGGCGGUCUGGGCACUGCGUGUCGCUGUAGUGCCCCCACUUCAGGAGAGCCGCUGGGCUUCUGACGGGCUGUGUCCCCCCCUUCCCCGGAGGGGAGCGCCCAGCUCCAAUAAAGCCGGAAUCAGAUCUGA